AUCAUAUUUUUCCCGCUAUUAUUAAUUUUUCGCCUUUUUCCGCUCCCAAUACAUAGUUACGCUCUCUCACAAACGCAUUGGGGUUUCUCUUUCAUUCACUCUUAGGGUUUCAAGAUCAAGAUUCCAAAACAACAAUAACACACGGUUAUGGACACUUCAAACCCUGCUGCAUUUGUCAAUGGACAGGUUCUUCCCAAUUUCAUUGGAAAGAAAGUAAGAACAGUGGUUCAGGUGAAUCAAUCUGAUGGAGCGGUGAUCACAGGAAAAUCCACUGAUGAUUCUCAGAUAAUUGUGAAAGGGUUAUCAUCACAAGUUCCUGUCUUGAAUUAUGUUGAGGUUAUUGGCAUUGCCGAGAAUAGCAACACUAUCCGUGCUGAGAUAUUUACAGACUUUGGUGCCACAUUUGAUGUCAACUCUUAUAAUCAAUUAUGCCAACUUGCAAAUGGCGAAUUCAGAAGUCUGUUUCUUUAGGGAUCUUGAAGAUUGCUGUGUCAGCUACUGGAUGGUUUUGAGUUGCAGAUUCUUUGCCAAAGAAUCUGCAUAUUUUUUAAGCAUUUUAUGAUAGGAACUAAUAUAAUGUAUAUGUUUAUUCCCUGAGGAUCCAGACAUGUGUUGUGUUUGAACUAUUUCAUGUUUUUGAAAUCUCCUUAACUUAUAUCUAUAUGCUAUGUUUAGCCGUUUAGUUUGGUUUA